CAUGGCGUAGUGUAUAUAUGUUUAUACACAUACGUGCGAAAAGUGUGUUGAUAUGUGUAGUGGUAUCAAUCAGUAUCCGGCCUUUGCCAGUGUGCGCUGACGUGCGUACAAAAACUACGGAAGGAAUGACUAUCAAACAUGAUGUACCGAAAUUGUUCAAGCUGAAACAGCUAAGAAAAGUCAAAGUAUGGGAGGAAUAAACUGGAAUGAAUUAUUUCCAGGAAGGUGGAGUCCUGUUAUUUUCAUCUCCUACAUAGCUCUCUUUAUAAAUCAAGGUAUUCUUGUAACAUGGUCUCAAAGAAGCGGCCGCUACGAAUAUAAUAUUGUGGCAGUUGUGUUGAUGACAGAAGUUCUAAAAUUAGUUAUAUCUACAACACUUUACUGUAAAGACAAUAGUAUCCUAACGCUUCUUCAGGAGACAAAGAAAAACAAAAAAGUGCUUCUGCUAUAUAUGAUACCUGCGCUUUUGUACUGCCUGUACAACAAUCUAGCAUUUGUCAAUUUGGCUAGGUUCGACCCCACGACUUAUUAUAUUCUGUUGCAACUCCGCGUUGUACUUACGGGAAUCAUUUUCCAGGUCAUUUUUAACAAAAAGUUAUCCGCAACGCAAUGGUUUUCCCUAGUGAUCUUGACAGUCGGCUGUAUGGUAAAGCACUUUGAUACCCACGUCCUUGGCACAGAAUUCCAUGUAGAUAUUUUUCUACUUCUAAUUCUUGUACAAACGACAUGCUCCUGCUUGGCUGGUGUAUAUAACGAGUAUUUACUGAAACGGCAGGGCGCGGACAUUGACAUUUUUAUACAGAACGUAUUUAUGUAUAUCGACAGUAUUUUUUGCAACAUCGUAGUAAUUAUCCUAUUAAGUGUAUUCACGAACGACGCCAGCGAAACAUUGAGUAACGUUGAGAUCGGUACGUUUCUUCAACCGAAAGUAAUUUUAAUUAUGUUAAACAAUUCUCUCGUUGGGAUAAUAACGAGCUUCUUUCUAAAGACCUUAAAUUCUAUAUUGAAGACCUUCGCCAGCGCGGUGGAACUAAUUUUUACAGCGAUGCUUUGUUGGAUUUUGUUUAGCAUACCCGUUAGCACGAACACCAUCGUUUCUAUAGUUAUGGUGAGUGUUGCUGUGAUUUUAUAUUCGAGAAAUCCUGUACAGAACGCUCAACCCAAAGAGGUAGCGGAAACUGGAAAGCUUUUAGUGUAAACAACAGUAUUAAAUUUUAUUUUCUAAAUGACAAA